AUGGAAGAAAACGGUGGAGCGUGGGAGCCAGAAGACGUGGCGAAAAGGGAAGCGCCUGGUGGGACUCGGAUGAAGCCUCGAGUGUGCGAAAGAAUUCCUGAGCGGCUCGCAACACGGUCUUCUCGCGUCUCUUUUCGCCGACUUUCGAAAAAACUUUUGUCUUUCCUUGAGUGCUCGGCCAAGGGGCCAGGCCGACACGGACUGAUCUAG